AAUUUCAAAUUUGACAGGUUAUGUCCGUUGAUAGUUUGUGAGGUUAUGUCUUUGUGAAAAUGAAUAUUAAUUAAUCAACUUUUAUAUACCCCCAUUGCGUAUAUAAAACUGUACAUAGCGUUGAUUACAUAUCAAUCCACGACCAAGGAACGACAGAAUGAAGGUCGCGAUCGAAGGUUGUGCCCACGGUGAACUGGAAAACAUUUACAAUACGAUCAAAGAUAUGGAAGUACAGGAGAAGAUGAAGGUGGACUUGCUAAUAAUUUGCGGUGAUUUUCAAGCGACUCGCAACGAGGGGGACUUGUACUGUAUGGCCGUCCCUCCGAAAUAUUACGACAUGUGUUCAUUUUACAAGUACUACAACGGUGACCUGAAAGCUCCCAUCUUGACCAUUUUCAUUGGCGGCAAUCACGAGGCUUCGAAUUACCUACAGGAGCUACCGUACGGAGGGUGGGUCGCGCCCAACAUUUAUUACAUGGGAUAUUCGUGCGUUCUGAAUAUUGCAGGUAUACGGAUAGGAGGUUUGUCGGGUAUAUAUAAAAGCCAUGAUUACUUAAAGGGUCGUAGUGAGAAGCCGCCGUAUAGCAACGACACGAAACGAAGCGUCUACCAUAUACGUAAUUUAGACGUUUUCAGGUUGAAGCAGGUGACGGGCCCGCUCGACAUUUUUAUCAGUCACGACUGGCCUAGCGGCAUUUGGAAUUAUGGCAAUAUUAGGCAGCUGCUCAAGUUCAAACCCUACUUUAAGGACGAUAUGGAGUCCGGUAAAUUGGGUAGCAAGCCCUGCGAGGAAUUGCUGAAGUAUUUACAGCCGAGCUACUAUUUCGCCGCGCACUUGCACUGUAAAUUUGCGGCGUUGUUCAAGCACGACAGCAAGCGCGUCACCAAAUUCCUGUCUCUCGACAAGUGUCUGCCCCAGAAGCGAUUUUUACAGUUCGUCGACGUUCCGCACGGCCCGGAUUCGAAAAUCGAACUAAAAUACGACCUGGAGUGGCUCACGAUCCUAUCCCUGACCAAUCACUUGGUCAGCGUCAAAUCGGGCAUCAACUACAUGCCGAGCUGCACCGGUACGUCGACGCGAUGGGAGUUUAAUCCGAGCGAAGCGGAAAAGUCGGCGGUUUAUAGGAAAUUCUCGGAAAAUCUGGUGAUACCUCACAACUUUACGAAAACGGCCAAAGGGCACGUCGAAGGGCCGUUGCAGCGCAAGUUCUCACACCAGCCGAGGCCGAAACUCAACCCUCAGACUACCUUAUUUUGCAAGACGCUGAACGUAGACGAUCCCAUGGUGCUUUUAGGCGCACUGGACGAGACCGACGGCAGAUUGGAAAGCGGCGACAGCGCCGAUUCCACCGACAGCGAAGGCUCCACCGACAGCGAAGUUGAGGACGACGCCGUCAUAUACGAAACGUUCAUAAGUACUAUGCCGACGAAAUUCAAAUUGCCGAAGCCGAAGGUCGAGCAGCCUGAUUUAAGUGCAAUGACCAACACGUCACCUGUUCCCAACGAACCAGACUCAAUUGCGGUUGAAAAUGACAGCAGUACUCCGUCGCAUCCAAAAAAAUUCAAGGGGCGAAAUGCGAGUCUGUACGAAACUGAAGAUACAUAAACCGAAAGAGGGGGAUGAUUAAUUUUAGGUUUAAGAAUUUGUGUAAUUUUGUUGAAAGGGAUGUCAAUUCUGCGCGGUACAAAUUUUUAGUGUAAAUACGGAAAUUUUAAUUAUAUUUUAUUUUGUAC